GUAGUUAUGGUAGCAAAGAAAAAAGAAAAAGUCAAUGUCGGCUACUCUGUAUCUACCAGUAUACACUAUAGCGAAGUGGUAGUCUUGAAUCUCAUCACUCAUCAUCAGACCAGUGUUAGUGGAUGCUCUCAACUUUCAUAAUGCUUGAUUUUGAUUGUUUUCUUAGUCUUCACUUUUCCGUUGCCUCUUAUUAGUUAUUAGUACUGUACUGUGUCUGAACCUCUUCAGCAGUUUGUGUUUGUCAAGUGAUGCUUUACUUUCUUCUAAGUUCUGUUCUUCUGUCUGGUUCUUGUUCGUGUUGAUUUAAUUGUUUUAUUUUUUAUCUUACAUGAACAAUUUCAACUGAACUUAUCAAUAACUUUUUCUCAAUUCACAAGCCUGCUGCUACAUUACUGCUGCUAUUCCUUUGAAUUUCUUCGAGAUCAUAAUAGAAUAUGACAAAGCUAUGUCAAGUUAAGAUCCACAAGUUGCUUCUGAUUCCUGUCAUCAUAGUAGCUCUAGUAGUUGUAUUCCAGGUUAUUAAUUUUCCUUACAGAAAUAACAUCUUAGUUGUGUCGAAAGAAAGUAACUUUUCGCGUGCUAUAGAAUUAAGUAGCUCACCGGCAGUUAAUGAGGGGGUGGGAAGUACUCGGAUUGUCCCUAAUUUGGAUGAGGACACAAUGUAUAAGAGUGAAGCAAUUCACUUGGACACAUCUGAUGAUGAAGCUAUGCCUCAUUUGUCUCGAGCAGGAGAAAUUAUGAUGAAAUCUGAGAGGCGUGACAAGAGCUCAACAAUGAGGCAUGUCAGAAAUGCAGACAACAGUUCUACUAAUGGAAAUGAGAUGUCAUUGAAUACUGACAACAUAUUGAAAUCAGAUUUUACUUUUCCGCAAGAUGAUGACCACCACAAUUCAAGCCCACUUUCAGCAGAAUGGGACCUCAGCAACCAUAGUCUUGGGACUCAACAUAAGAGCUUAAAGUCUGUUACUUUGAGAAAUAAAGCGAUGGUAGCUUUGCACACUUCAGGAAGGAACCAUUUGAACAAGGCAAUACCAAUAGAAAAUAUGACUGCAUCUUGGCUACAGCUUUCUAGUGCUGCUACUAGUUCAAAUAGGGUGCAUUGGUCAUCUCCACGGGAUCGAGAACUUCAAUAUGCAAGGUUACAGAUUAAAAAUGCUCCAGAGAAGAGAAACCUUCCUGACCUUCAGUCUUCUGUUUUCCAGAAUGUUUCCAUGUUCAAAAGGAGCUACGACUUGAUGGAACAAACACUAAAGGUUUAUGUAUAUAACGAAGGGGACAAACCAAUAUUUCAUGAUCCAAAAAUGAGGGGAAUAUAUGCUUCUGAAGGAUGGUUCAUGAGUCUGAUGAAGAAAAGCAAACCAUUCGUUGUGAGGGAUCCCAGAAAAGCUCACCUCUUUUAUCUACCUUUCAGUUCAAAAAUGCUUAGGAUAUCUAUUCUUGAGCAAAAUCAAAGCAGUCAAACAGGGAAUAUAUUCUUAAUGAACUAUAUUAACUUAAUUGCAAAAAAGUAUCGUUUCUGGAACAGAACAAAUGGAGCUGAUCAUUUCUUAGUCGCUUGUCAUGAUUGGGCCCCAAAGUUGACAAGAAAUCAUAUGGGAAAUUGUAUUAGAGCUCUUUGCAAUUCUAAUCUAGGCAGUGGCUUCAAAAUCGGGAAGGAUGUCUCUCUACCAGUCACUUACAUUCGUACAACACGAGAUCCUCAAAGAGAUAUUGGAGGUAAUCCUCCUCUAGAAAGACCUAUUUUAGCCUUCUUUGCUGGUAGCAUGCAUGGCUACCUCCGCCCAAUCCUUCUACAGUACUGGAACAAUAGAGAACCUGACAUGAUAAUUUCGGGACCUAUGAAUCGUAGUAUUGAAGGUAAAGGUAGAUACAGAAAACUCAUGAAGAACAGCAAGUAUUGCAUAUGCGCGAGGGGAUAUGAAGUCCAUACUCCCCGACUAAUUGAGUCCAUAUUCUACGAGUGUGUACCAGUUAUCAUAUCAGAUAACUAUGUUCCCCCAUUCUUGGAGGUUUUGAAGUGGGAAACUUUCUCCGUGUUUGUUUUGGAGAAAGACAUUCCUAAUUUGAGAAACAUACUCCUCUCGAUAUCGGAGGAAAAGUAUCUGGCGAUGCAGCAGAGAGUGAAGAUGGUACAACAACACUUCCUAUGGCACAAGCAACCAGUGAAGUAUGACUUGUUUCAUAUGAUCCUUCACUCAGUCUGGUACAACAGAAUAUUUCAACUCAAAUCGACGUGAGAGGCUGCGGGAAAUUCCGACAUCUGAUUAUGAUCCAUAUGUUAGAAAAAUGCAGAGCUGAAGAAGCGUGCAACUUGUAUAGUUGUUGUAGAGGAGAGCUGAGAAAUUCUUUUGUCAAGUCGGUUAUUACAGUUGUUGAAAGAAUAUUACAAGAGUGAAUAGUGAAAUGUAAGUUUAUGUGAAGAUAACUGUAAUCGUUCAUGGUUCAAUUAAUUAGAGAGAUGUAAUGA